GUUCACUAAGAACCUUUCCCCAGACAAAAUCAACUUGAGCACCUUAAAAGGGGAGGGUCAGCUGACCAACCUGGAGCUGGAUGAAGAGGUGCUACAGAAUGUGCUGGAGCUGCCCACCUGGUUAGCCAUCACUCGGGUCUACUGCAACAGGGCCUCCAUCCGGAUCCAGUGGACAAAGUUGAAGACACACCCAAUUUGCUUGUGUCUGGAUAAGGUAGAGGUGGAGAUGAAGACAUGUGAAGAGCCUCGGCCCCCCAAUGGACAGUCUCCCAUUGCCCUCGCUUCAGGACAGAGUGAGUAUGGCUUUGCUGAGAAGGUGGUGGAGGGGAUGUUCAUCAUCGUCAAUUCCAUCACCAUCAAGAUUCACUCCAAGGCCUUCCACGCUUCUUUCGAACUAUGGCAGCUCCAGGGCUAUAGUGUCAAUCCCAACUGGCAGCAGAGUGACCUUCGCCUUACCCGAAUCACUGACCCCCGCCGAGGAGAGGUUUUAACAUUUAAGGAAAUAACUUGGCAAACACUUCGAAUUGAGGCAGAUGCUACAGACAAUGGUGAUCGGGACCCAGUCACCACUCCAUUAAGGCUUAUUACCAACCAAGGCAGGAUCCAAAUAGUCCUCAAGAGAAGAACCAAAGAUUGCAAUGUGAUAGCCUCCAAGCUGAUGUUCCUGUUGGAUGAUUUGCUCUGGGUGCUAACUGACUCACAGCUUAAGGCUAUGAUGAAGUAUGCAGAGUCGCUGAGUGAGGCCAUGGAGAAGUCAGCCCAGCAAAGAAAGAGCCUGGCCCCUGAACCUAUACAGGUCACUCCACCUGCUCCGAGUGCCCAGCAGUCCUGGGCCCAGGCAUUUGGUGGCAGCCAGGGCAACAGCAGCAGUAGCAGCAGCCGCCUCAGCCAGUACUUUGAGAAAUUUGAUGUGAAAGAGUCCUCCUAUCAUCUGCUCAUCUCCCGUCUGGACCUGCACAUUUGUGAUGAUAGCCAGUCUCAAGAGUCAGGUGUCUCUGCAAACAGACUCAUGGGUGGUGCCAUGCAGCUUACCUUCCACAAGAUGGCAUUUGACUAUUAUCCCUUCCACUGGGCAGGCGAUAGCUGCAAACAUUGGGUACGGCACUGUGAGGCCAUGGAGAACCGAGGACAGUGGGCCCAGAAGCUGGUGAUGGAAUUUCAGAGUAAAAUGGAGAAGUGGCAUGAAGAGAUGGGUCUGAAACCAUCCUGGCACCUGGGAGUAGACUCUCCCUUCCGGAGAAAAGCAGAUUCUCUUUCCAGUCCUCGAAAGAACCCUCUGGAGAGAAACCCCUCUCAGGGCCGACAGACUGCCUUUCGACCUCCAGCAUGGAAUCGCUUACGCUCUAGCUGCAUGGUAGUACGGGUGGAUGACCUGGACAUCCAUCAGGUUUCUACAGCUGGACAGCCGAGUAAGAAGCCAUCUACACUUCUUUCCUGCAGUCGGAAACUCCACAACCUACCUACUCAGGUCUCUGCCAUUCAUAUUGAAUUCACAGAAUAUUACUUCCCAGAUAAUCAGGAGCUUCCAGUUCCCUGUCCCAAUCUCUACAUCCAGUUGAAUGGUCUGACAUUUACUAUGGAUCCAGUCAGCUUGCUCUGGGGAAACCUCUUCUGCCUGGAUUUAUACCGCAGCUUGGAGCAGUUCAAAGCUAUCUACAAACUGGAAGAUUCAAGCCAGAAAGAUGAACACUUGGACAUCCGACUGGAUGGCUUCUGGUUGAAGGUGGGCUUCCCGCUGGAGAAGAGAGAGCGGGCGGAGGUGUAUCGUCCCCAGGCCCUUGUCUUCUCUGCAUCAAGCAUGGUUGCUACCAAUACACGUCAUGCCCCAUAUUGUAGUUGUUCAGACCUCCAGAGUCUCUUCCGGGGUUUUGCUGCUGCUGAGUUUUUUCAUUACAAUUAUGAUAACUUUCCCAAGGUUCCAGGUGGCUUUAGCCUUCUGCACAUGCUUUUUUUGUAUCAUGCCUUCCAGAUGGAUUCCCACCUCCCUCAGCCUAGUAUCCUCCCUCCUCAGAGGCCUAAGGCUUCCCAGGAUCUAUGGUCCAUCCAUUUCACCCAGAUCUCUUUGGAAUUUGAGGGAACAGAGAACUUCAAAGGCCAUACCUUGAAUUUUGUGGCCCCCUUCCCCUUGUCCAUUUGGGCCUGCCUACCCCUCCACUGGCAGCAAGCCCAGGCCCGGAAGCUCCGUUUGGCCUCAGAGGGGAGGCUGAAACCAUCAGCCAGCUUUGCCAGUCCUGUUCAGUCUGUGGCCCUUACCCCUAACUCUGUGUCCCAUCAGAGGUCAAAGACUGAGCAUGAUUUGAAAAGUCUUUCAGGUCUUACAGAAGUCAUAGAAAUUUUGAGAGAAGGCAGUGGUGGUGUGGACAGCCAAGGGCCUCUGACAGAGCUGGAGGAUUCAGCAGAUGUUCACGUGCUUGUACACUCCCCUGCCCAUGUCCGUGUGAGGCUUGACCACUAUCAGUACUUGGCUCUGCUCCGCCUGAAGGAGGUGCUGCAGGGGCUUCAGGAGCAGCUGACUAAGGAUACAGAGGCUAUGACUGGGUCUCCCCUCCAGGACCAGUCUGCUUGCAUUGGAGUUCUCUUCCCCAGUGCUGAGGUGGCUUUGCUCAUGCAUCCUGCCCCUGGGGCUGUUGAUGCUGAUUCUGCAGAUUCAGAUACCACCAGCCUCAUAGAUUCAGAGCUGUCUCCUUCAGAGGAUCGGGAGCUGAAAUCUGAUGCUGCCUCAGACCAGGGCCCAGCAAGCCCUGAGAAGAUCCUGGAGAAUAAUAGCAUUGAAAAUCUGGAUGCAUCCCAGGAGAGGCCUCAUAGCAAUGGAGAACUGCAGGACUCAGGUCCACUUGGACAGCAUCUGGCAGAGAAGGGCCAUGAGGCAGUUGAGUCCCUGCAGGCCAAGAGACUGAGCAGAGCCCAAGCCUCUAGCUUACCAGCUGCAUUGAAGCCCCCAGCUGGCAGGGAUACUGCUGUGAAUGGACAAGGUGAGCUUAUUCCCUUGAAGAACAUUGAGGGAGAAUUGUCAAGUGCUAUUCACAUGACCAAAGAUGCCACCAAGGAGGCUCUACAUGCUACCAUGGACCUCACCAAGGAAGCUGUGUCCCUGACUAAGGAUGCCUUUAGUCUGGGUAGAGAUCGAAUGACUUCCACCAUGCAUAAGAUGUUGUCCCUGCCUCCAGCCAAGGAGUCCGUAGGCAAGACAGAUGAGGGGGUGGCAGCCCCAGUGAGUGGAGGUGCUGCCCGACUCCGAUUUUUCUCCAUGAAGAGGACAAUAUCUCAACAGUCAUUUGAUGGUGUCUCACUGGAUAACAGUGGCCCUGAAGACCAAAUUUCAGUGGACAGUGAUGGCAGUGAUAGUUUUGUGAUGCUCUUGGAGUCUGAAUCUGGUCCAGAAUCUGUUCCACCAGGAUCUUUUCCAAAUGUCCUGGAUGAUGCUGGUGUUCAAGAGAGCCCUGUGGUGGAUAACUAUGACCAGGGGUCACCAGAGGCCCACAGUUCGGUUUCACCCAGUGGAGAAGACCUCAUCCUUCACCCGGUCUCAGUUCUGGUCCUGAAAGUGAAUGAGGUGUCUGUUGGGAUUGAGGUACGUGGUGAGGACUUGACAGUAGCCCUGCAAGCAGAGGAACUGACCCUUCAGCAGCUGGGCACCGUGGGACUCUGGCAGUUCCUGCACGGACAGUGCCCAGGCACAAACUUUCAGGAAUCCUCAACUUUGAAGACUGGCCACAUGAGACCAGCUGUGGGCCUUCGCUUUGAGGUGGGACCUGGUGCAGCUGUUCAUUCCCCGCUUGCCACACAAAAUGGCUUCCUGCAUUUUUUGCUUCGUGACUGUGACCUGGAGCUGCUCACUUCAGUGCUCAAUGGCCUGGGAGCCUUCUUGGAGGAUGAGGAGAUUCCAGUGAUAGUCCCCAUGCAGAUUGAGCUCCUGAACUCCAGCAUCACCUUAAAGGAUGAUAUCCCCCCCAUCUAUCCAACGUCUCCAGGCCCUAUCCCCAUCACUCUAGCCAUGGAGCAUGUUGUGCUGAAGCGGAGUGAUGAUGGUGUAUUCCACAUAGGUGCUGCUGCUCAGGAUAGACCAUCAUCUGAAAUACCUAAAAGUGAGAAGAGGCAGCCCCCAAAAGAACAGGUGUUUCUAGUGUCCACAGGAGAGGUUCUUGGACAGCAGGUGAAAGAACUGCCUUCCCUUCAAAAAGAACUUAUAGAAACCAAACAAGCAUUGGCAAAUGCCAACCAGGAAAAAGAAAAACUUCUUCAGGAGAUUAGGAAAUAUAACCCCCUCUUUGAGCUCUGAUAGCAGUGGCUCAGCGAUCUGUGCCAAGGAGAGAGAUCACCAGCAACAGCACCACCUAGGGCAGAAGGCACCGUCCAGUGGUUGAAUAAGUCUGCUAAGGAUGCCAGAGGGACUGGGUAAUGCUCAAUUCACUCCUUGCAGGUGUGCUUUUUACUAGCUGUUUUGACUUGCAUGAGGACAGGGCAAAACAUGACCAUAUCCCAGGAAAUUGUGCGUGGCGAAAGCAUUAUAUCUUGCCUGUAUAAAGCCUUUUGGCAUACUAGGUGGCAUCUUUUCAACCCUGUAGGGCCAUUUCACCUCCUGGGUUCAUGGCAAAGAUACUCGCUUCCUUCACAGCCUGUGUGAACAAGCAAAAGUGCCCACCUCCUCAGUUAUCCAGAGCCACCAAAGAUUCCAUGUCCCAAAGCUUCCCGCAGCAGACUUGAAAAGUCCUUGGCCUGAGUUUUGGCUGUGGUAGAGGAGUGGAGCAGGAAAUAGCCCAGUAAGGGGGGCAGGGGCAGGAGAGGCACAGGAAUAAGGGAGACCUGGAGUCUGCCUUUUUUGGAAAGGAAGCCAAGCUCUUAUCAUCUCAGCCAAUAUAAAAAUCAGACUUUUCAGGUUAAGCUUCCUUUCUGUUACACUGUCAUCAUUGCAAUGCUGUGGUAGAAAGUAAACAGCAGCAGCGAUUCAGCCAUAUCGUCUUUCCCCUCCAUAAUACAAUUUAUUUGAAAUUUAAGUCAAGAAAAUAGUAUUCACCCUGAACUAGGUUGAAGGCAUGAUGUGGUAGGGAUCAAUAGGGGAGCUAGAUUUCGAGCCCCCUAUUGCCUUCCUAGAGUCCUGCCCCUCUUCCACAGCUGUACCAGAGAAGUCAUUUCCUCUGUCUCCCUGGGGUCCUUGGCAUAGCUGCUUUCCCAGCACUGUGACUUUCUACCAUGGUGUCCUCAGCAUUUGAUGUUUGGGAGCUGAAAAUGUGUUUUAAACUUUAACAUCUCAGCCUAUUUCUUCUCACCCCCCUCUAUCACUGUGGCUUUUUAAAAUCAUAUGAUUUCGACUUAAGUAAACAAAAAAUCACAAAAACCCUUCAAUCUAGCUAGGUUUUGCCUCCUGCUCUAUUAAAGAGCUGUUUUCUUCCUCUUUCUUUCCUAAUUGUUCUCCAACACUCCUUCCUUCAUCCAUAUUGCUCUGAUACACUUCAAGUUGUGUCGAUUGGACAGAAGUUCAUCAGCUAACUCACCUUGACUUGGCAGUAUGUUAAAAUAGUGAUUUAGUGAUGUCACUAAAGUUAUAAUCAUACAUGACCUACUGAAGGAAAGAUAAAAUGGUUUCUUUUAUGGGAAACCAUGCUUGACUUGUAUACUUUAGUUUUUGGAGGAUAAAAAGAAACAUGAAGGAACAAAAUAUGAUUUGUUCAAGUUUUUAAGGACUUUUGUUAAGGUUCUUCACUAAGGCAAUUUUUAACACCAGUUACUAUGGUAUUGUGUGAAUUUGUCAUGUCUAGGAAACAGCUUUCUGGAGAGAAAUGUUAACCGGGAAGGUUUCCUAAGGGUUGACACUCGGUUCAGCCUUACUUAAGAUUUUUAUAAAUGACCUGAAAGUAGAAUUUUACACUGAAAUCAAAAUGUUACUACUUCCAGGCAGUGAAAGGUAGACCAGAAGACAUUAAAAAAAACCCCACAAAACCACAGAAGGGUCACAAGAAGCAGGGCUGUGAAUACUCAGAAAAGUGACAGGUAAGGUUCAGCAGAAUAAGUGUAAGGAAUGUAUUUAUAGAAAAAUUAUCAACUGAUAUGGCAGUGAGCUGUGGAAAGAACUCAGGAAAGAAACCAAAGCGUUGUUGAGAGGGAGGAGGGAUCAAUGUGCUGGUGUGGUCAGAAUCCUGACCUCUAGGCAUCAUCAGGAAAGACGCUUGGAGGCGACAGAGAACACCUCAUAUAAAACCAUAGUUAUGUCUUAAUCAAAUUGUCUUUGCAUUUCUAGUGACCUUAUUUACAAAAUGUAUGGUAAAGGGAGGACAGGUCCAGAGAAUAGCAAAAAUUAUCAAGGGGUGGAGGUACACAUUUUUAUGUGAGGACACAUCUUUAAAAUGUAGACAAAUGUUCUACAAAGAGGAAAGCUGAGGUGAGUGUGUGAUCAAAUAUCCAGUCAAGAGCAAGGACGUGGUCCUGAAAUACUAGCUUUAGGGCUCUACCUCAUGGCCUUAGGUAAAAGAAAGCAGUUCUAAAGCAAAUCAGAAACUUAAGGACCUUGCUGUCAGAAGUCAUGCUGACAGAAACUAUACAUGGGUGCAGAAGGUUUAAGAGUAAUCCUUGUAUAAUGGCCUUUCAAAAGGAAAAUCAGGGCUACUUGGUGGUAUGUAAGUGAGAAGGUAACUGCAUCCCUCCACAAACUGCCCCUUAGUCCUUUUAAAGGCACAAUGUUGAACUGAAUAGAUGACUGGCCCUUUUAAGUAUGACAUUUCUAAUGUUCUUGGAGUAGGGAGAUGGAAAUCCAAUGGCUGGAAAAUAGAAUUAUUCAACCUUAGGAUCACCUGAAUUGGCUUAAAAUCACAUUGUGAUUCUCUUCCCUUUCCCAUCUCCCCGACUCACCAUAUCCCUCUGGCAUCCUUCCACGCAAAGUAAAUGUCUAAUAGGCAUUGCAUGUUAUACCUUUACCUUAAGCUUUUGCUUGGGGGAGGCAGUAGAAAACACAUCUGGCAGGCACCAGGGCUAACCCCUUAAUGGCCAGUGAGGUUUCUAGGUUCUCUGAAGUAAUCUGAAGCAUUUGUCCAUGUGACAAGUGGAGUCCUAGAAUUUCUGACUUUGCUUAUGUAGCAGCUUUGGCCAUUGUGUCUUGAAAUCCUCCUUCAGGGAACAUGGGUAGGGGUCAUUAUCCCAUGGAAUUUUAGUAAAAACCAUCUUGUAUAAUUUCAUACUCCUGUUUAUUGGAGGAACAAAGACUUUUUCAUGAUGAAGAAUUGUGAACUGGUGGUAGUCCUCAGGAUAAGUGUAAAGGAAAAUAAUGGAAGGAGAAAGUAGUAGUGCCAGCCCUUUUGGACUGCUUACGAUUUCUGCCUUGGAGCUGUAAGACUCUGAACAAAAAAUAAUAAUACCUCAAGAAAAUGUCUGGAGUGAUAGCACCACUAUCCCUCAAAGAUUUCAGCCACUGCACAUUAAUUACCAUUUCAGCUGUGAAGCAUUUACAACUAUAAUCUGUGAUUGUCUAGAUUUCCUGUUUACAUGGAUGUAUGACACGGGAUAUGCUUUAGUGCGUAUGUACUAGAAUUUAAAUCCUCUGAACUGGGCUGCAGGGAUGGUUAUCAAUCUCAAUUUCUGUUUUCAACUCACUGGAAUAAUUAACCUAGUUUCUCUGAUUUAAGACAGAAGUGGGUUCUAUUCACUUGAUAGCUGCUGUUUACUGUGUAUUUCAUCUGACCCUCAUUGUGCCAUGGGCCUCAACCUUUAUGCCCCCUUUUUCAUGGUUUUGAAGGUAAUAGUUCCUGUGUCUGGAAUAUACAAGGGAUAAACACCAUCGUCACAUACUCCAUAACUUAAAUGUUUCCAUUUAACUCAUUUACAUUAGCUUCCCCUCAUGGGAACAUCGGGAUUGGGGUAGUGGAAAGAAGGAGUUUGAAGUAUUGCCAUAGUAAUAUGGGAACUUUCCAUUCCAAACCUUUACAGUAGGGUUUUUUUUUUUUUUCUUUAAUACUUGCCUAAACUUUUAAAAUGUGUUAUAGUAAAGCUACAAAAUUAUGGAAACAACUGAACUUUGCUACACAAGCUAAUACGAGAAUAUCUGAUUAUUUGAGAACUGUAAAAGUUGUGUUGUUGCCUUGUAAUUUAUCAUUGUUAAGUGUUCCAGAGAGAAUAUGGUGUGAUUCACUAUCCUUUCUGAGACUAGGGCCUUUACCUAGUUGCUCCCCAACAUUCUGCCAGAAUAGGAAUCUUCCCAUUUACCUCUGGGUAGAUAUGGAUAGUAGCUAUUAUUGAAUGGGAUUAUUUUCCCCAUGGCACAAAGGGAAACACUCUUGGAAACCUUUAACAGUGAGGCUUUGCUAAGUGGUCAGACUUGAGAUUUGAUCUUCCUCCCUUGUUAUUAACUUUCAGCCUUAUUCAGUAUCUCUAAUUGCAAUACAUAUAGUUCCCUCUAACUGUUAAAAAAAUUCCUGUUACAGCUCAGAGAGUAUUUUUGUGUCAGUUAAUUAGUUUUGGGUCAAGAUUUAGCCCAAGUCUUUCAGCAUUUCUUUGUGGACUGCCCAACUAAAGUGUCUUCUCCAUUGGCUAAGUACACAUGUAAAGCCAUGAGUUUUAAUAUGAGAUACUAAAGGUCUGAUUUGCCUAACUCUAUGAGUCUGAGCUGUUUUCCCCCACUCAGGGUGCUAAACAGAAUUGGAGUCUUUACUAAGACAUGCUCAGGAAAGCUUCAAAAGAGAACAGAUUCAAAACCCUUCUCUAUGACAAUGAAUGGUAGAGAGGAAAGAAUUCUUCGGGAUUGCCAAUUAUAUACAGUAGCCUUAUUACUGCUAAUCACUGUCAAUAAAAGGUCAUGCCACUCCCCUCUAUUCGAGGAAAACAAUGAGAAUGUAUUUGAUAAGCGGGAAUCCUGGUCAGUAUUGGAAAUUUUAAUGUUGCAAUAUCUAAUCAAACCUUGAGUGUGUAGUGGUUCUGUGAACCACCUGAAUAAAAGCAAAUAAAACUUAUUAAACAAUAAAAAAAAAA